ACACAUAUCUCUGUGUUAAAACGUCACGCUUAUGAGAAAGAUAUUUGUUGUCUUUGUAGUUUUGACAUAUGAAUGAAGUGUUCUUUGUUGUUACUUUAGUUACAUGUUCUGUCAUAGUGACAUUCGGUAAUGUGUAUAUGAAUGGAUUUCGAGGAGAAAUAUCUGGACCACCAAGAAAAUGAUGAAAUGGAAAUGAAUCGGUGUGAACGUAAAGAAGGUGGUAAGCGUGGUCGGAAGCCUGGUAGGAAAUCAAGUGACAAAAUUGAUGUGAAAGCAAAAUUAGAGCGAAGCAGACAAAGUGCAAGAGAAUGUAGAGCAAGGAAAAAAUUAAGAUACCAGUACUUAGAAGAACUUGUGGCUGACCGGGAAAAGGCUGUUCUAGCACUGCGGAAGGAACUUGAAAAGUAUAGAUUGUGGGGAAAGGAACUAGAUGAAGGCCGUAUGCCAGAGGGCAUGCAGGUACUUCUGGAGGAAAUUGGAGCUGUGAAACAAGAAAAGUGUUGAACUUCAGUAUGGACACAAUUUUGAGUAUUGUGUAUCUUUUUUGUACAUAUAAAUGCAUGAUGGAGAAUUUUUAUGUGAACAUUAUAUAAAUGUAGUUUUCAGUUUUUGAAUGUUGAUAUGUUCUGUACAUAUUGUUGUGUAAAUCUGUCCACUGUACUCAAAAGAAUGUUAAUAUGUAAAGAUAUAUGUAACAUGAUGGAGCAUAUUAUCUACAGAAAAAUAACCAACUUUUCUGCUUGAUUCUUUUUUGGAAGAUAAAAAGAUGGCCAAGAAAGUGUCUUGGAUAUUAAUAUUUUUUGUAAACUUUUGAUGUAUUGACCAGGGAACAAAGAGCUGUUGUUCUCUCUCUCUCUCUCUCUCUCUCUCUCUCUCUCUCUCUCUCUCUCUCUCUCUCUCUCUCUCUCUCUCUCUCUCUGUGUGUGUGUGUGUGCGUGUGUGUGUGUGCGUGUGUGUGUGUGUGUGUGUGCGUGUGCGUGUGUGCGCGCGCGUACACACAGCAGAGCCUUACGUGCGACACGGACUUGAUCUGGUGGUGAAACUUCCAUCACUACGUGUGACAAUUAAAGGGUUAAUCUCAAAUAUUUCUGACCAUGUGAGUGGGGUUAUAAUGGAAGAUGCAUUCCCCUCACAAGAACAACGUUUACGUAAUUGACUUCCUGCCUCAUGAGAAUGUAUACAUGUUGGUACAUAGAUGUAAAUGAUUUAGCUGGAAUAUAUUUAAUGUACGUUAA